AUGUAGGCUCUUCCCCAAGUUUAUCCCUAAAAUCCUCUACUCUCACCUUAGCUCUAAACUCUUCAAUGGUUAACUCAAUUGAAUCCCUACUAGUAGGCUUUAUUGUUACCUCUACUUUCUUAAAACACUCCUCUCCAAUCACCUUUGUUUAUGUCUGCUAAGGAGGAUGAAGUAAUUCCUUAAAUUAAUAAAGAAUCUCUCUUCUCCCUCAACCAUCUCCAACAAUCCCCCCUCUCUUACUGCCUUAAUGAUAACCAAAUGACUGAAUCAACUCAAGAAAACUCACCUAAGCUUGCUUAUUAUAAUCUCGGAUUAGGAAUGAAUGACUGCUUCUCUUUGCAAGACAAGCCAAUUUAUGCCACCGCUAAUGUCUUAGCCAACAAUCUUCCAAACAUUUAGUUAAUUGCUCCUAUCUAAAAAAAAAUUAAGAAGCAAAAAAGUAACAAUUCUGCUAAAAAAGCUGAUAGCGAUAACGUCCUUACAAAUAUCCGCAAAGAAAGUUGCGACAGUGUUAUCCAAAGCAGCGGAUUUAAAAGCCCAACCCUCUCUUCCAAUAAAUUAAAUGCUAGCAACAGCUUAAACCUCAAUGAUGACAAGAAUAUAAUACACAUUAACUUCACUAAAAAUCUAUUGAAGUCAUUCCGUCGCUACUGCGAAUAUUAUCACAAAAAUAACUAACAAUUGCUUUAAUAGAUCAAAACUGAUUUCGAAACCAAUCACAUGAAUAAUCAACUCCUUGUUCACUUCAUGACAAGCCAAGUUACCUAAGAGUACUUCUAGAUGUUUGUUGAUGGUCCUGCUUAAAAAUGGGUAAAAGAAUAAAGCCGUCUUAAAAAGUAAGAUCAACAAUUAGAGCUCAUCGAAAUCUGCAGAUAACGUCUUUUUGAUAAGAUUAAAGUUAAGAAAUACUGCGAUACUGUAUCUAACCCUAUAUAAAUUGAAGACAACUUAAGCUGCUAAUCUCCUGCUAUGAGCCCUACUGCUAUCCCCUCAGCUCAUCCCCUUAAGAAAUCUUCCUCUUUGACUGCUCGCCCUAUCUUCAGUUAAAUUGGUAGCGCCAACCAACCAGCUGCUGUAAAAUCUGCAUUAAGCUCCUCAUCUUCAGAAUCAUCUGAGUCUUCAUAUGAAGAUGAAAUAAUUGAUUAAAAAAAUAAUCAAUCCAGUAAUAAUCGUAAAGAAGAAUGCGAUCUUGAAGAAGAAAGUGACAGCUCCUAAUCUAGAUAAAUUAGAAACGAAAAUACUUAGAGUAUCAAUAAAGAGAAUAAUGUACUCUAGGAGUCAUUUGAAGUGAAAAAUGAAGAAAUUGAAAAUUCCAUAAAAAUAGAAGAUGGAUUUUGA